AUGCCCACUUCAAAAGCGACGGCAACCGAGAAGAAUGGCCUUCCCACUCCACCCAACGAUUCGCCCCCACCUCCAGCCUACACACAGGGCGAAUACCACUCUGAGGUGCCUGAUAUUACUGCAGCCUUCUCCAAUCUCAACCUAACCCCUUCCCCCAAACCAACCCCUGACGUCUGUAUCGCACAUCUCAAGCUCCUCGAAGCCUUUCAUCAGCUUCGUGAGGAUGUUGCCUUUGAAGAUGGUCGUUUCGGCAUUAACGAUGCUUUCGCCGAUGCUGGCGAAUCCGACCGGGAACGCGCCGAACUACUGACAAAGAUCCGCGAGAAGCGCUGGCAAGUCUACGUUCACAAGGCUUCCAAACGAUUCGAACGAUGGUGGACCACAUGCGUUGAAACCAACGACGAGACCAAAAGGCUUCUUGGCCAGAGCAAGAUCCCCAUUGUCUUCAGUCAAAGCCCAGAUGCUGGUCAGCGGUUGGAAUGGAGCAAAGACCAUUUGCCUCCUCUUGAUGUGAUCAUGGUUUGGCAUGCAUACAUGCUCAACCCAAGAGAUUUUCUCGAAGACUGCCUCCGUCAAGGAAAGAUGAAAUUUUGGAGAGCUGGCUUGCCAUGGGCGGUCAUCGACCCCUGCAUCGAUAACAAUACCUUCGAAUACAGCGCAACACAGGCAGCGAUGGAAAGCUUCGAGGAUUCGACAGGCUAUAGAUGGAACAGUCUAAAUGAUCACCCCAAUGCCACUAUCGAAUGUCCAUUUUGCAGACGAAAACUGUAUCUGCCGCGGACAAGAUGGGAUUCGCAACGUGCAUGGACAAGAACAAGCUCACGGAAAGACGCCGAACUCUACGGAGAAUUGACCGCGGCAGGAGUUGCAGAUAAGAGCUUUGAAGUCCAGUGCCAAUGCGGCAUCGUCAUCGAUCACGAAAUGCACAGAACUCAAAAGUUCCGAAGAGACAUACAGGCACUGCGUAAUCUGGAUGUCCCAAUGCCCGGCACGAUCUUGAACGAAACUGGCAUUGUAGAGGCGUCCGUUGCUUCUUUAUUUCCGAAUCGUCUCAUUGACGGACCCAGGAAAUUACUAUACACCAAGCUAGAAGCACUCACUCUCCCUCGGAAUCCCCCCAACAAGAAGAUGACCGACAUUCGCAGAGAGAUCGAAACUUUUCUAAAAGACAAGGCCUACAUCAAGAGUACAAAUAGCAGCACUAGCCACGUCCUUAAACGCGCAGAGAAAAUCGCGAUUCGCCGCAUGAUGUCUCGCUACUGGGACAAUUCUUCUCCUUUUGCUCUCGACCUCGUCGGCGCUGUCAUCCGUCAAUGUUCAUUCAUUGAGAAAAUGCACUCAAUCGACUGGAUUCACUCACCAGCGGCCACCUCCACCAUGGCUCGUCUCAUCCAGAAGUACACUCGCUACAUUGACAUAAUCGCCUCUCACCCAAGUCACACCGCGGUCCCUACUCUCGACGUUGACCUGGCAUGGCACACGCACCAGCUUUCUCCACCCUACUACUACGCCUACACAGUAGCCAAAACCGAACGCUUUAUCGACCACGACGACAAGAUCGAAGAAACGAUCUUGUCUGACGCUUUCGAAUGGACGAGUAAAAUCUAUCAGAAAACCUACAACGAGCUCUACUCAGAGUGCACAUGCUGGUACUGCGAAGCUAUCCGAGAAUCCCACACGUCUUCGGUCAAACGCGUAUUUGGAGGCAACAAGGCUAUCGAGUCUCAACUCGACCGCCUCCACGCCGGGAACAAAGACCCCAACACAUCCCCCCACAUAUCCGCCCAUAGUGCAAUCAAAGCGGAAAAGGACGUCAGCCGAGGCAUACGUGACGCCAACGUGAAAGCCAAACUCGAGCGCGACUAUCAAAAAGCUUGCAACCAUGCCCGCAAGAAGGGCCGCACGCCGCCCACCAGAGAUCAGUACAGUGGUCCUGAUUCCGCAAUGGCGUAUGGGUACCCGAUAUACAUGCCCUACUAUGCGCCGUACAUGGGCGAUCCAUGUCGAAUCCCGGAUGUGCGAAUUUCACGGCAGGCGCUCCUGGCAACUGUUGCGCGGGCGCUUGCGGAGGUAGUGUCGCGGCUGGGUCCUGUGGUGGAGGCGGAUCUGGGGGUUGUGCUGGGGGUGCAACCGGGGGUGCAGCCGGGGGAUGUGGUGGGAGCAGUGGUGGGGGGUGUGGAGGAGGCGGGGGCGGAGGAUGUGGCGGUGGCUGCGGCGGUGGUGGUUGAUGAUCUGGGAGAGAUUGAGAUCUACAGUUCAGGAGAGUAUCAAGCAAAACAGCAGCACACGGCACCAUCAGCGCCAAAUCAUGCGAUACGCCAGAUCGACUUCACUCAGUCUUCUAGCGAGCUGAUCCUGGCGAAACUGGAUUCAACCUGUCGGUUAUCCACGAUUGUCAAGGAGACAACUUGCCCACAGCGCACAUCUCAUGAGCUCAUUUCAAUUGCCGAGGAGCUCAAUAGAGAGGCGCGAGACAUUGAUACCGCGUUGCAAGACUGGACAACCCAAUUCCCAAGCCCCUGGUGUUACCAACGACACACUCUGUCAGACCUUCAUCCGUGGCCCAUGAGAGAUUUCUAUUCCCCAGUAGUCUACAGCUACUCAACCCCUGCAUACGCAGCCCUCUGGAAUCAAUAUUCCGCUACGAGAAUGCUUAUCAAUAGUACACGCUUGAGGGCACUUGAACUCAGUCGCCCGAGUUUAGACGACUUCGCUUAUGAGCACCGUUUGGAAUGUCUCUCCCAUAUUGAAAUCAUGACCAAUGACCUAGCAUCUGGCGUACCCUUCUGUCUUCAAAGAUUCAAGGUCACAGACAGUCCCAACUCAUCCUCUCAUCAAGAUUCGAUCAGGUUGAACACGAACGAGGAUAUCAAGCCAUAUUUGGCUGGUCUGAUAAUAUGGCCUCUGAAUAUUGCUUCGAGCCUUGGAGAUGUGGAUGUCAAGCGCGGGUCGUGGUUCAGGUCUGAGCUCGCACGUCUUGGGAGAGUAGUAGGCUCCGGAAUUCUCGAAUGUGCCGAGACUGAUCAGUGGCUUAAACCUUGA